GUGUCCCGCUACGCCUGACAAGACGACCUGCGAGAUGGGCACGUACGUGGCACUCGCGUUCCUUCUUUUGACGACGGCGCUGCUAAGCCGUAACGGCGCACUGUCGCAGUCGCCCUCCCUGACGGAGUUCGCCGCCUUCUGCAACGAGAUCGGCAACUCAGGCGGUGCUCCCAACCCCUUCCUAGAGGUGCUUUGCCGCCAGGUGGCCGAGAGGACAGCCACGCAGCCGCCUCCCACCGCCACCACACCCUGGAAUGGGGCGGAGGCACUCAACGCGUCGGGAGAAGCACCUGCCAUCAACACUGACCUGGCAACGCCUCUGAUUACACAACAAGAUGAGCAACAGGCAGUAAAACAAGCAAACGACGGUGGCGUAAUUCCUCAAGAAACAAAUCACACUUCGGAGUUCCAGUCACUUAGGAAUGAAACUCUCAACGUGUCCAAUGCGCUCCCUGGUGGAGAGCAAUCAGUAAUCGCUCUUAACAACACAUUUCCACAAGAGCAAGUAGAUCUUGAAGUAAGCGGUGGUUCAGAUUUUAGCUGGAAUGUAGGUGUACCGACAGCGACGACAGGCGAGAAAAACAAUGGAUCUCUUGUAGAACCCCAGAACAAACUCCUUCAUAUAAAACCGCAUAACACAACUAGCAAUAGAUCUGUUGUAGAGCCACAGAACAAACUGCUUCAUAUAGAGCCACAUAACGUGACUACCUUCUAUGUGGGUGUAGGAGAGCAGAGUGAACUCGUUGGCGAUGGUGGCCAUAAUGGACGUAACAGUACUCGAUCUCUCCAGGCACCAGUCACAAAUUUGAAGACAGUGAAACGAGGAGAUCAAAUGCCAGUGCCAGGAAAUAAAAGUAGUGAUUCACCUGCAGUUCGAGAAAGUCCUACAAACCAGACCUUUAAUAAUGCAGAAACCCAUGACCAGUUUCCACAAGUCGAGCGACAGCAAUCGCUAGAUGAGGGAGGACUAUUUAUUCAGCAAUCUGGCAUCCAGAAUUCUAGUGAAACGCCGAGCAUGCAUCAGUCACCUGAUACUACCCAUGUACUGGAGAAAGAACAGAAGGACGUACCAGACGACAGAAGUAAUGGUACAGAAGAGUCGAUAAGUGAAGCGCAACUGCAUGUGGAACAGCUAUCAACUAGUGUAACAUCAGAAACCGAAGCGCCUAUUACUACAGAAGUAGCGACAGAUGGCUUAUACAUAUCUUCUUCAGGAAGUAACAUAAAUAGAGUGGAAACUGAAGGUGCAGGACAUGGAAGCAAUGCUAGUGUGUCUUCUGCACAGUCUGAAAUCCAAGUAGGACAGGUUAGUAACUCCACAUUCAUAGCAUCAGACGUGGGACCGGAAACUGGAAUAAUUAAGGAAGCGCAAAGUAGCAUCGACGCUUUCUCUGAGGUUCAGAAUCUGAAUUCGCAAAAUAUACCAACUCAAGAAUUUGGCACAACGCAAUCUACGAAUGGGGAUUCAGCUACUGAAAAUGAACAGUCGUUAGUCUCAGAGCAAGUAACAAGCGGAGGACAAUCAUCAAUUCAUCAGACUGCAGAAGGUGUUCUACAAGAUUCACCAGCUAAGGAUACGCAGCCAGAUCAGGGAGAAGGAAUAUUUACAUCAAAAACAGAGCCUACAGUGGAUCUAGUAGAAGCGACAACUGAAUCGACCGUCUUCAGCACAGAAAGUACAGUUGCCCUCACACAAAACCCAGCACAUAUUAAUGGUGAGGAGUCAAAAGUGCAGCCACCAGUUAUACUGGAAGAAAAUUUGGGAAAUUCUAAUUCAACUGCAGAGCAGCCUACUAGUGGAGGAAUGAGUUCAACAAUAGCAUCAAAUAACUCGUCAUCAGGGCAGGAUCCCUUGAGAAACAACCAAAACGAAGCAAAUGGUGGCCAAAAGACGUCAGUUACAGAAACAGAGGGAAAUUCUGAUAACAGAUCAGAAAAUCAGACUGUGGACUUCUCAUCACAAACAUUACCAAGUAAUUCUGAAGUAUCAGAUUCUACAGGCUCGAAAGGUACCAAAUUACCAGAAGGAGUCAGCAGCUCCAACCAGAGUGCUAAGUCUACCCCACAGCUUGGGUUGUCAGGUGGAUCCACUAGCCAGUUCCCAGAUGGGGUGUCCUCUUCCGAAGGAAAUUCAGUUGCUUCUGCAUCACUACCGCCUAAUCCUGCUGGAUCCUUCAGCCAAUUCCCAGUUGGAGUGUCACCUUCUGAAGGAAAUUCCCUUGCUUCCAGAUCACUUCCAUCUAACUCUGCUGGACCCACCAGUCAGGCCCCAGUUGGAGAGCCAUCUUCUGAAGGAAAUUCAGUUGUUUCUGCUUCACUACCACUCAAUCCUGCAGGACCCACCAGCCAGUCCCCAGUUGAGUUGUCAUCUUCUGAAGGGAAUUCAAUUGCUUCGGCGUCAUUUCCAUCUAAACCUGCUGGAUCCACCAGUCAGCCCACGCUUGGAGUGUCGUCUUCUGAUGGGAAUGCAGUCGGUUAUACAUCACUUCUGCCUAAUCCUGGAUCAACAAGCCAGCCCCCCACCGGACUGUCAUCUUCGGAGGGGAAUUCAGUUGCUUCCACAUCGCUCCCAACUACCCCUGAAGGGGACUUUGUGGGAGAUUCUAUCCUCGUCAUGAAAGAGAUGUCGACCAAGUUUCUGGAAGGUUUGGCAGAAGUCCACUGCCGCCAGGUGGUGAACGACUUCUGGAAGAACGUAACCGAAGUCUUCAGAAGAGUGUCCGCUUCUCAUAAGCCGACAGUGUGGGAUAUGACGUCGAGCGUGAGGGAGGUCCUGGAAUCGUACCGCAGAGAGAGCCCCUACUGGGAGACGAUCGCCGCCAAGCUGGAGGAGGCGACCUCGGAUCGCCAGUGGCGGCAGCUGCUGGGCUCUUUGGCGGGGCAGCUGCGCGGCGACGUCGCGUCGCAGCUGCGGCUGGUGCUGGCGUCGCGGCAGCUGCGCGCGGCGGUGCGCGCCGCGCUCACCAGCCCGGAGUGCCGCGCGGCGGGCGCGCAGCCAUCGGCCGACAGCUGCGACCAGUUCGUGCUGUGCUACCGCACCGGAUGGCAGUGGCGCGCGCUCAAGCUAAGCUGUCCCCGGGGCAGCGCCUUCAGUCGCAGCGAGCGCCGCUGCGUGUGGCGGCCUCUCGCCGACUGCAGGCCCGACCCGCUCAUUCGUCACUGGUUCGACGACGACGGCGACUCCGACUCCGACUCCGACUCCGAUACCGACUCCGAUUCCGAUUCCGGUAGCUCUGAGGACAGAAGAUGGUCGCUGUUCCGAAUGUUUGACUUCCGCCACUGA